AUGUUGACAGUUCAUCACAUCAAAGAUUUGUUUUGUUUUCCCAGGAGAUGGAUAAAACUGGAGCAUUAUUUUUGUACGAUUAUUUUCCUUGGUACGUUUGGAACAAUCUUACUCGUCACCAGGGUUACACUGAGCUCGACGCGACAAGUGGACCUUUGUGGGAAACCCAAAACCCACGUGUUCUUUUUACGCGUACCCAAAACGGGCACCAGCACAAGUACUUUCAUUUUCUGGCGUUAUGCCAUUCGUCACAAUGUCUCGGUGCUGUUACCAAAGCCCGAUAAGGAAGAAACCUACUCUGGAAUUGAACCCAACCUCCACGAGGUCAAUUCUCCACCGUACGAGAUUGUGGCCAAUCAGCUGAUUUACAACCCAGUAAACUUUGCUCGGUUCUUGCCUAAUGACACGGCGUACAUUGCUCAGUUAAGACACCCUUUGAAACAUCUAUCGUCGGUCAUCCACUACCACGGCCACGACUAUCUCCAGAGGCUGUCGCAAAGCGACAAAGUUAAAGAAUAUCUGCUGAACCCGAUGAAGUAUGAAAGCAAAUGGAAUUUCGGUAUAUCAUUAACGAACAACCCAUAUGCCUUCUAUUUUGGCCUAGACAAGAGGUCACUGCAUAAUCCUGUAUCCAUCGCAGCUGUGCUUGCAAGAGCUGAGAAGGAUUUUACCGCUGUGUUAAUUUUGGAAAGAAUGGAUGAAUCUUUGAUCAUGAUGAAGAGGACACUAUGCUGGAGGUUUGAGGACAUCAUAUACACAGUGGAAAAUGUUAACAGGGCAAAACCCCAGAUUUUACUGGACAAGAGCGUUCAAGAAAAACACGAGAAAUGGGCUGUGGCAGACUAUAAGAUAUAUAACCACUUUGUGAAAAAAUUGCAAAAUUAUAUUGAAAAUGGAGGAAAAGACUUUCAGUUAGAAGUGUCAGAAUUCAAAUCAGUUCUAAAAGACAUUCAUACAUUUUGUGACAGCUCUGGGCGCGAGGCUGGCAGCUAUAUAAACCUACCAGGUGGCGCUUUCUAUGAUCCAUUUACCUACACGUCUGAGAACUGCACGCUUUUAUUCACAAGUGCCAUAGAUUUACGGAAUAUUAUCAGAAAAAGACAAGGGAUGAAACUUGAAUGA